AUGGGCUCUGCUCCCUCCCUCCCUCUCCCCUCCCUCCCUCCCUCUCCCCUCCCUCCCCUUCCCCGGAUCGCCGACGCCGCCGUUUAUCUUCUCACUGUUUAUUACGCUCUGCUGCGCGCGCAGGUGAUACGGCGGUACGCGCUCAACAGGCUCUGGAUCAGCGGCUUCCUCCUCGACAUGUGCGGCGCCGCGCUCAUGCUCACCGCGCUCUCGCAGGCGCCCGUCUCUGUCGUGCAGCCCGUUGCCGGCUGCGGCCUCGCCAUACUCUGCGUCUUCUCCCACUUCUACCUCAAGGAGGUCAUGAAUGGCCUCGACUGGAUCGCCAUCACGCUGGCCGGUGUCGGCACCAUAGGAGUCGGCGUUGGAGGGGAGGAGCAGAAAGUGGAAGAGAUUCCCCUUGUCAGUAUACCCUGGCUGGUGCUCUGCAUUCUCAUCUUGUUUGUAGGUUCUGCUCAACACUUGGCUUCAUAUGUACAAGAAACAAAGGCGUGACCAAGAUUUGGUGAGCA